AUGGCUCCUAUAUCGGCGGAUGAGCGCAAUGCGCGCACCAUUCAGACGGCGGCGUGCCUGAUUAUUGGCGAUGAGGUUCUCGGUGGAAAGACUGUUGAUACCAACUCUGCCUAUUUUGCAAAAUGGUGUUUCGGGCUCGGCAUUAGCCUCAAGCGAAUCGAGGUCAUUGAGGACGAUGAGAGUGAGAUCAUGGAGGCCGUUCGAAGAAUGAGCGAUCGUUAUGACUUUAUCGUCACAAGUGGCGGAAUCGGUCCUACUCACGACGACAUCACCUACCAGUCUAUCGCCAAGGCCUUUAACUUGCCCUUAAAGCUCCACCAGGAGACGUUCGAGAAGAUGAAGCUGCUCUCCAAGGCUCACCCCAACCAGCCCAACUUUGACUGGAACGUCGACUCGCCUGCUCGAAAGGCAAAGCUUCGCAUGGCUGAACUUCCAACUGACGAGUCACGAGAUCUGAAGAAGCAAGCUCUUUUCCCUCAUGAGGACAUGUGGGUUCCCGUUGCCGUCGUUAACGGCAAUGUCCACAUAUUACCUGGUAUUCCAAAGCUUUUCCAAAAGCUUCUCGAGGGAUUGAAGCCAUAUAUUCUGCCAAGGCUCGUGGAUCCUGAGGGCACAGGAACACAUAGAAUUCUAUUCUCAACCCCUCUUCCUGAGAGUGGUGUGGCUGAUUUCCUCACGACACUGGCCGCCAAGGUUGAGCCAAAGGGUAUCAAGGUCGGAAGUUAUCCUCGCUGGGGCAAGAAGCACAACACGGUCACUCUUGUUGGAAGGGACCAGGAUUAUCUUGAGAGUCUGGUUGCCGAAGUCGAGGCCGGCAUCAAGGGUUUACGGAUUACCGCCGAGGGGGAAAAUAGCGAUGAAGAGUCCGCGAAGGCAACCGGAGAUGCGACCAAGGACACUGCAGAGCCUCCAAAGGAGCCAUGA